AUGUCGUCGUCGUCGACGAUGAUUGAGGAGCGACCGGCCAAGCGGGCCAAGAAGCAGUACUCGUGCACCGAAUGCUUCCGGAGGAAGCAAAAGUGCGAUCGGACGCAGCCGUGCAACCACUGCCGCAAGCGCGGGACCGAGGACCUCUGCCACAUCCCCACGCCUUCGCUCGCGCGCCCGACGCGGUCUAGAAGUCGCACCUCGGUCAGCAGCGACGCCAGCCUGCCGCCGCCGCCGCCCUUAUCGACGUCGCCGGAUCGCAAGGCGCUGCCAGCCCGACGGCUGGUUUCCGAAACGCGGCGGUCAGCAGCUCGCAGCCGACGACCGGACCCCAUCGCGCAGGGAGCAGCGCCGAUUCGGGCCGACCGCUUUCCCGCCCCUGCAGAACCAACGGAUGUCCCGACCUUUUCCAACGACAAGGACCGCCAGCUGGCCGCGCUGCACGACAAGGUGCACCGCCUCGAGAGCGUGCUGGAGCGCUUCAUCGAUCCGGGGCCCUCGCACCGGCCCAGCCCGUCCUUGGCGCGCUCUCCAGCAGGUCGACAUUCGCGAUCGACCUCGGUGCAGCGGCGGCAGCGUUCCGUGUCGGCUGCGCUGGGCCAUUCGGACGGCUCCGACUCGGAGCAGCCGUCGAUGAGCGGGCUGCGCCAGGACGUGCAGGGCUACGUCGACGCCGAGGUGGGCUGGCUGGGCACCUCUGCCAUCGAGUCGAUACGCAACUCGUUUGGCUUCUUUCUCGGCGACGGCGGCACCAGCGGCCAGUCGAGCUUUGCACCGCGCGCCCUCUCUUCCGUCGAGGGCGCCGCGUCGUUUUCCGCUUCCUUUUCGGCCGCAGCGGCCCUGACCAGGCCGAACGGGACCAGCCUGGGCGGCAUCCCCAUCCCAAAGGACGACAUCGCCGCCAUCCACCGCAGCCUCCCCGACCGGCAGCGAUGCCAGGAGUACGUCGACAUCUUCUUUCGCCGCUUUAACUGGUCGCGCUACAAAAUCUCCGAGGCUCCGGCGCGGCGCAAGAUUGAGCUCCUCUACGCCGCCAGCGCGCCCCAAGGCUCUGCGGCCAUCCAGCAGCUGCCCUUCAUCAGCCUGCUGCUCGGCAUCCUCGCCCUGGGCUCGCUGCGCUCUCCCGACUUUCAGCUGGUGCCAGAGGAGUCCAACAACUUCUUCUGGGCGUCGAAAAAGUGCCUGACGGCGUGCGAGAACCUGGCCGUGACCAACAUGGACUCGUGCUGGACCUAUGCCUGCCACAUCCGCUACUUGGACCUCGUCCGGGCGCCGCGGACCAGCUGGCACGCCAUGGGCGGCUGGAUCCGCCACGCCAUCGACCUCGGCCUCCAUUCCGAACACUCGGCCAAUUCGAGCGACCGCGAACGAUCCGAGGGGCGCGUCCUUUGGUCGCACAUCCUCCAGUGCGAGAGCGAGUGGUGUCUUGCCCUUGGGAGGCCGCUCUCGGUGCUCCCAGAGCGCACCAGCGGACCUUGCCACGGCGACAUGCAGGAUCUCGAUUUCGCCUUUCGAGAGUUCGUCCUCGGCCGCAAGAUUUUCAUCCCGCACCUGCAGGGCAUCGUGCGCUUCUACACGACGACGGAUCGGACGGCGUCGAGGGAAGAGAGCUACAAGCAGGUGCUGGCGCUGGACCAGUCGCUGGUCGAGGCGGCUCAGCGUCUGCCGUCGUACUUCCAGUUUCUUUCAGGCACGCAGCCGGACCGCUCCCUGGAUCGACACUUUGAGCACCUCGCCUUCUAUCGCCACAUGUUUGCGGGCAUGUUCCACUUCUACCGCAUCCUUCUCCACCGCCCCUACUUUUUGCACUGGAUCGACGAGCGGCACCCGCAGCACCCGUACCCGCGCAGCUGGAGGCUCUGCGUCGAGAGCGCGCUGGCCGAGGUGCGCAUGCGCAAGACGAUGGCGAGGGAACUGACGCCCGACGAGCAGACCCAACACUAUGGAGCUGCCUACGCUGCUUUUAGCUCGGCCAUCAUCCUCGGUUUCGGCGUGCUCCUCGAUGCCGGCGCGGGCCACUGCCUCUGCCGCGAGGAAACCAAGGAAAAGAUUGACUUCAUCGCUGAGGUGACGUACGCCAACGUGGACCUGCUCGAGGCGCGCUCUACCGACAACACGGCCAACCGGGAGCUGAGCGUGCUGUCGACGAUGUGUUCGCGGAUGCUGGCCUUUCUCGAGCCUCGAAUCGCACCGCACGUCCAUCAGGCUCGGAGCGCGGUGCGCGCCAGCUGCUCGUACGCGGAGGCGGUGCACCACAUCAAGAACGUGGUUGCCACGCUGUCGAAGCGCAGCUCGGCGGAUCGGCCGCAGGCAGAGGGCGGUCGCAGCACCCACGUCGAGGGAGGUGGGACAGUAUUGGCGGCCGCUUCGGCUGUUGGCGCCGAGCAGGGCACCGACACGUCGUCGCUCGACACGCUGGCCGCAGCGGCCGUCCCCAACUUGAGCCAGUCCUCGAACGCGGACACGACGGCGCCCGAUGGCGCUGCAAGCGGCAUGACAGCGGCGGCGGCGCCGACGGACGCAGUCGCUAUGCCCGCCACGGGUAUGGGCGCGACGACGGCGGCGACAGCGGCGACGAUGGCCGCCGCGAUGCCGCAGCAGGGCGACACGCUCGACGACUUUUUGCUCGACGUGCGGGACUGGAACAGCAUGCUGAGCGUGCUGCAGGCCGAUGCGCCAAGCCACGAGCAGCCGCUGUUUGCCGACUGGCUGCACCAGGACCCCAUGAUGUUCUGA